UUACAUGUCGUAAAAAGUAGCCUUCGGAAGCAUAUAUCCAACCAGGUCACCGAAGCUUCUAAAGUAUCUUUUUGUCGAAGCAAAAGAUAUUCGUAUAUAUCAAGGAGCUCGAUUUUUUGUUCUAGAGUCAAACACACCUUCGCCAUUGGGAUGGCGUGGUUGUCAACUGAAGGAAGGAUAAGGGGAGCAUACAUAUCGCAAUUCCUUGCACAAUCUAGAAGCCAAGUACCUCUCCUUCCGCUUGCGUUCAAUCGUUUUUAUUUCAGACUUUGUAUAUUUGGUCUUCUUGGUCACUUCAUAAGCAAGAGCCGACUCUGUGGAGCGUUUUCCAGUUGCCAUUUUGAUGCUUGGAUGCGAUUGUUUAAUUAUUUUCUAGGUGUUAUAUGUCUCAUCUUAGCACUAGAGAGCCGCAUUAUACAUUAUCCCUGGAGUUGAGAAAAAGAUCCUUCACUUUUAUACUGAUUCAUCACCAGUGAACCUGAAUUAAGCUGUGAGGAAUGUGCCAAUCAAGUACAGGC